AUGGGAUAUGCAAAAGCAAUCUUCAGAGCAUUCGCUAUCUGCCUUUGCAUUGCCUCUCUAUUGAUUUUAACGGAGAGUAGCAGGAGAGCUCGGCCGCCUAGAUGUCCCUCGGGUUGCACAUGCACCAAAGAUAAUGCGUUGUGUGGAAACACAGGGUCGAUUCCUCGCAGCUUUCCGCCCGAUGUCAUUGCGUUAUCAUUUGUGAAGUCCGGUUUCACUGAAAUACCCAAGGAAAGCUUCAUACACACACCAGCCCUGCAUCUCCUCCUUUUCACAGCUAAUUCCUUUGAAUCUAUAAAUGAAGAUGCCUUCCUUGGUCUUCCACAUCUGGAGUAUUUAUUUAUUGAAGACAACCAAAUCAAAUCCAUAUCACCUUAUGCUUUCAGAGGCCUAAAGUCCCUGAUUCAUUUGAGCCUUGCCUUCAAUAAGCUCGAGUCACUACCAAAAGACCUGUUUAAGGGAAUGGAUGCCUUGACCAAAGUGGAUCUCCGUGGGAAUCGCUUCAUCUGCGAUUGUAAGCUGAAGUGGCUGGUGGACUGGAUGGUUAACACAAACGCAACCGUAGACCAGAUAUCGUGCAGCGGUCCUCCACAAUACCAGGACCGGAAAAUUAAUGACCUUUCUCCCCAGCAUUUUGACUGUAUAACAACAGAGUUUGCUGUCCGUAAAUCGGAACCAUUCCAGUCAAUUUCCGUUGAGGCCUUUUCGUUCGGGAGUGAUCAGUUUGUGGUUUUCGCCCAGCCUUUUAUCGGGAAAUGCAGCUUCAUGGAAUGGGAUCAUGUCAACAUGGACUUCAGGAAUUUUGAUGACAUUAAGAGCACUUCCACUGUCAUUUGCAAGCCAUUGGUCAUUGAUAAUCAAUUAUUUAUCAUAGUGGCUCAACUCUUUGGUGGCUCUCACAUCUACAAGAGGGAUAUCUCUGCCAACAAAUUCAUCAAAAUCCAAGACAUAGACAUUUUAAAAAUAAGGAAACCCAACGAUGUGGAGAUUUUCCGCGUUGAAGGGGAGUCUUUCUUCAUCAUCGCUGAUAGCUCCAAAGCCGGCUCCACCACGGUGUACAAGUGGAAUGGCAAUGGCUUCUACUCCCAUCAGUCCCUCCACCCGUGGUAUCGUGACACGGACGUGGAGUACCUGGAAAUUUCUGGAAAACCUCACUUGAUUCUGUCCAGCAGCUCCCAGCGGCCGGUCAUCUACCAGUGGAACAAGAGCACCAAGCUUUUCGAGCGACGCACGGACAUUCCCGAGAUGGAGGACGUUUAUGCUGUGAAGCACUUUAAAGCGAAGAGUGACCUGUACAUAUGCCUCACUCGUUUUAUCGGCGACUCCAAGGUGAUGAAGUGGGACGGCAGCAUGUUCAGCGAGAUCCAGACCAUGCCUUCCCGCGGCUCCAUGGUCUUUCAGCCUUUCGCCGUGGCCAGCUGGCAGUAUGCUAUUCUUGGCAGUGACUACUCCUUCACCCAGGUCUACCGCUGGGACGCUAAGAAAGGCCAAUUCGUUCACUUCCAGGAGCUGAAUAUCCAAGCUCCCAGAGCUUUCUGUCCAGUGUCCAUCGACAACCGCGAGUUUCUCCUGGCCUCCAGUUUUAAAGGGAAGACUCAGAUUUAUGAACAUCUGGUCAUUGAUUUGAGCAAUUGA